AUGGACUCGGCUGCGCCGAGCUGCGGCGUUCUGCAAGUAAUCGUCCGCGAUCUCAAAGCAGAGGUGCUCGGGGUCUUCGACUUAGAAGCUGAUGCGAGCGAGGUGGCAGCAGUCCGCCGCCAACUCGAAGUCUCCCGCAGCAUCCCGAACUUCGAAGUCCACUUGGUGUGCAAUGGUCGAGUACUCCAGGAUGCCGACCUACUGUUUGAGUUUGAGAAAGAUGGUUGUGUGGAGAUUACACUGCUCAGAUCGCCGCAGCCGUGUGCGGUGACUGGCGGUUCUGAUGGAGAUCUCCUGAUUUGGGAUCUUCGCAGCGGCAGUUGCUGCCGGUUUCUGCCAGUCGGCGAGACCAUCACUUGUUUGUCCGUUGACUGGUCGGCUCGGGUCAUGUUGAGCGGCCAUGCCGACUCCACACUGAGGCUGUGGGACCUAGACCGUGGCGUGUGUCUCCGAGUGCUCACGGAUGCAUCAACCCAAGUACUUCGAUGCGUGGAGUUUAGUUGGAAUGCAAAACUUGCGGUCAGUGGCUGUGCAGCCUUUGGAUCAUGCUGCAGCAUUCCAAACAAUCCUGGAACCACCCUGGCACUCUGGGACUUGGCAUCUGGAAGACACAUCCAAGGUUUUGGCAACUGUGGGGUCAGAUCUUUGUCAGUCGACUGGACAUCGCACGUCCUUGUCAACGACGACGUGCGCCUGCAUCUGUUUUCCCUGGAUUCAGGGAGCAUUGUUUGGCAAACCGAUUCCUCAUCGGCCGUGCAGGCCAUAGCUGUCGACUGGCCUGCGCAGAGAGCAGUCUCCGCGGGCUCGGGGACGAUCAAACUUUGGAAGCUGGAUGGCCCAAGAUGCAUUGAGGAGUUUACAGGCUGCGCUCAUGUCCAAGAGAUCGCUGUGGACACAUGCUUCGCUACGCUGUUUUCUGCUGUGCUC